AUGGUCGACAAACUGGUGCAGUUUGAAGUGCUUACUUGCCUCAUGAAAGCUGAGAUUAUUGAGAAACCAGGGACGUCUUUUGAUCGGGUCAGGGAACUACUGUCCAUGUUACCUAGACAAGGCCCUCAAGCUUACACCCUAUUCUGCAAAGCUUUGGAGGAAUGCGGAGAGAUCCAAGCCCUGACAAUGCUUGGACUAGAGACUCCAAGUGACAAGUUCCCCCGGAGUCAUCUGGACUUAGGAGGUGAAGUGUUUGUAACUGCCAAGUCUUGGAAUAAUCUACUGAACAUCCACAUUAGGACGUAUGAUGUGUAUUCCAGUGGCAGAAGUUAUCCUACUCGUCGUGGCAUCGUGCUCACCUUGAAACACUGGUUAGAAAUACCAGGUGUAAAGCUGUCAGGGAAGGAAGAAAUCGAGCCUAUGUUCACCUAGGAGCUAACAUGUAUGCCACUUUGGAGCUAAAUGGUGGUGUGGAUCUACGACAGUGGGAGAAAAAUGAACAACUGGGAGUCGUACCUACUGCUAAGGGUAUCUUGUUGUCCAUUCAGCAAUGGCAGAAACUGAGAGACUGUUGUGAUGUGAUGUCAGACUUUGUGCCAGAACUGAAGGACAUGGUUCCCUGUAUGGCACAAGAGGAUCAUCAAAACCAAAUGGGGUACCUCCAGUGUUCCUUCUGUAAUCCAAAUGACUACAGUCAGUGGGUGUAAACCCAUUCUUGUUUGGACUCUUGAACAGUCAACAUGUUUUUCGCAUUACUGAGUGGUAUGCUCUCUAUAUGUAUUGUAAACAAUGGUACCGUGACAUUCAAGAAGCAGUGGAAGCUGUGAUGGAGGA